CUACAAUUUAGAUAUCUCCCAUAAUUUACCUGUCUUAGGCAUACGCCAAAAGUUGGGAAAAUCCGAUAAGAAUAUUUGAUUGCGCGAAUAUCAUAUCCCACCUAAAUCGAAUCCCCAGACAAAACAAGCAACAAAAACAAACAAUUCAAGAGAAAGAGCCAGGAAUUUGUAACAAUAGACAUCAUGCCUGAGCCAACAUCAGCACCCAUCCACUCCACCGGCCGUGGCGGCGCCGGAAACAUUGGACCUGACAGCACUGUCUACACCGACGGCGGCAUCGUCCGCGAAGGCAUCGUAGGCGAGAGCGUAGAUGGACCUUACUCCACCGGCCGCGGCGGCGCAGGCAACGUAGGCGCCUCCCCCUCGCUCCAACCCACCCGCCCAGAGGGCCGUCGCUCCAUCGACUACAUCCCCGAGAACGCACUCAGGCCCCACGAGGAGAACUACCACACUGGCCGCGGCGGCUCAGGCAACGUCCACAGAGAAGGCAGCCACAGCCCCAAUCUCGCCGCCCAGCAGGACAAGAAGGGCCUGGGAGACAAGAUCAAGCACGUUUUGCACUUGGACAAGGAUAAGGGGGAGAAGAAGGCCGAGGGAAGCCCGUUGGUUAAUGAGUCGAAGGGUUGAGUGAUGUGCUGUUCUCCCUUUGUGUAAGGUGAGAGACGGGGAUGGGUUAGGGGAGGGGUUGUUAUACCUUUUUGUGAUUGAUUGAUUUUAGAAUGUAUGGGAGGAGGGUAGAUAGAGGGGAUUGGAGAUUGAGAAAUGGGGGUUGAAGAGGGUUGAAGGUGUUGGGCUUGUUAGUGCUAAUGUAAACGCUUCUAAGGGAGCUGACAUGGUUCUCCGUUG